GUCUGGUGAAUUCGAAGGGGUAGCUGCUUGCUUUUGAUUUCUUCCAGCGCACACAUAUUACUACUUUUUACUUCAAAGAUUUCUGCUUGGAUACAGCAGGAAUAGAAGAUCGGACACAGGAAAAGGGAAGACUCGCGGGCCAUUUCCCCAUUUCUGACUCCUGCGCAGUACGCCAAUCCCCCACUCCCAGUCACCUGCGGAACCCGACGGCCUUGCGCGCGCGUUCUCGUUUUCUCGCGUGCGUACGGCGCUGUGCUCCUGCAGCCAAUCAAAUCGCGAGGUCGCCGCGGUCGUCGGGGUUCGCGCGCACGUCCCAGAUUGGAGUUGGGGUGGGGGCCAUGGGUGAAUGGACGAGUGAGCGGGGGCGGGCGCGGCGGCGCGAGUCGCAUGAAUGAGAGAAACGUGCCCCGCGCGAGACGUCGCGCGUACCCGGGACAGGGAGCCAAUGGGAAUGCUGGGAGGGCUAGAUACCCGGCACUGAGGGCAACGGUCGCGCGCCGGCUCGAAGACAAGCGUCGCCGAGCGGGAGCGCGCGGAGCAGGGCGGGCGUGGAGCGUGCGGGGGCCGCGCGCUUCUCCUCAGAGGCCGGACGGCACUGCUGGGAGGCAGCAGCGACAACGACGGCGGCGGUGACGGGAACCGCGCCGGGGGUGAGGCACUGUAACCCAGUUGAGCUCUGCAUCCCGAAAGCCCAAGAUUGAAGAAGAAAGAUCAGAGACAUUGACUAACUUGGAUACAGGGACCUCUUUGGAUUUGCUUUCAUCCACAGUAACCUUUAAAAAGUAUCAUAGAGUGGAAUUGGUUUCUUCAUCUUAUUUUGCUUAUCAGGAAGAACAUGGCUUCAGGGAUUUUAUGUUUCCCUUUAGUUUUGCAUGAACUCUCUAGGAAACGGAGCCGUUAAAGGGUUUGGGACGAACAAGAAGAGAUUUGAAGACAUAGAAGCUUGCUGUCUCUCUCUUUUCCCUCCCCCUUCAAGGAAAAGGAUUUACAACUCAGUCUUGUAACAGCUGCUGUCCAGCUUUAGCCGUCAAGAGAAAAUAAAUAAAAUUAAAUCACUACUGCCAGACUACAAGCCCUGAAGUCAAGGUGUGGGAGUGGUGGCAUUGAGAAAACUGCCUAAAAGGGACAAGGACUAUAGUAAAAACCGCUUCUCUUUAAAACUGGAAAGGGACCCCAGGUUCCUUCUUGGAUGAAAAUAGAAGCACAGGGCACCCCUCUCUUGGUGCAGCUCACAUUUUGGAAGUGUGGUAGUCGUGGAGGUACUAUAGUAUCUCUUCAGAAGAAUUUUUCCUUGCCCGAAGUGGUCUGCCCUCUCCUGAUGGUCUCCCCUUCUUUCCUUUUGAAGGCUUAUCUCCAUCCAUGAACUAUUCCUUGAUCUGUCUGACUGCCUAUGUUCUCUACCUGCAACCAUUUGCAUGUGUACAGCCUACUGUUUGUCUCCAGUUUUACAACUGUACAAAUUGUUUCUUAAUCUCUCCUUCUGCCUUGUUCUGGGGAGGUGGUUAUUCAUCAUUUGGAGUCACCUUUCCCCCUCCCAUGUGCUUUCCUUCAUUUGAGACCUUUUGACCUUUGGUUUUAUUUGGGAGGGGGAAGGGUGAUAAUUUAAAAUUUUCUGUUUCCCUGGUGUCCUUCCGUGCUCUUGAAUCUCCAUUGUUGCCCUCAUCCCAUUUUCUUGUCUGUUCUGCCGCUGUGUGGGCCUGGGCUAUGCGGCAGGGCAGAUCUCCCAUCAGAGCUCCAACAUGCCCGCAGAGUCUGGAAAGAGAUUCAAACCCAGCAAGUAUGUUCCGGUCUCAGCAGCCGCCAUCUUCUUAGUGGGAGCUACGACCCUCUUCUUUGCCUUUACCUGUCCAGGACUAAGCAUCUCUGUGUCACCUGCAGUGCCCAUCUACAAUGCGAUUGUUUUUCUCUUUGUGCUGGCCAACUUCAGCAUGGCCACCUUCAUGGACCCAGGGAUUUUCCCUCGAGCCGAGGAGGAUGAAGAUAAGGAGGACGACUUCCGAGCCCCCCUUUACAAAACCGUGGAGAUCAAGGGCAUCCAGGUGCGCAUGAAGUGGUGCGCCACCUGCCGCUUCUACCGUCCUCCUCGCUGUUCCCACUGCAGCGUCUGCGACAACUGUGUAGAGGAAUUUGAUCAUCACUGCCCCUGGGUGAACAACUGUAUUGGUCGCCGAAACUACCGUUAUUUCUUCCUCUUCCUCCUCUCCCUGACAGCGCAUAUUAUGGGUGUGUUUGGCUUUGGCCUCCUUUAUGUUCUCUCUCACAUGGAGGAACUCUCAGGGGUCCGCACGGCUGUCACAAUGGCAGUGAUGUGUGUGGCUGGCUUAUUCUUCAUCCCUGUAGCUGGCCUCACGGGAUUUCACGUGGUGCUGGUGGCUAGGGGACGCACAACCAAUGAACAGGUUACGGGUAAAUUCCGGGGAGGUGUGAACCCCUUCACCAAUGGCUGCUGUAACAAUGUCAGCCGUGUACUCUGCAGUUCCCCAGCACCCAGGUAUUUGGGGAGACCAAAGAAAGAGAAGACAAUUGUAAUUAGACCUCCCUUCCUUCGACCAGAAGUGUCAGAUGGGCAGAUAACUGUGAAAAUCAUGGACAAUGGCAUCCAGGGAGAGCUGAGGAGAAGUAAGUCUAAGGGAAGCUUGGAGAUCACAGAGAGCCAGUCCGCAGAUGCUGAACCUCCACCUCCUCCCAAGCCGGACCUGAGCCGUUACACGGGGCUAAGAACACACCUCAGCCUAGCUGCUAAUGAGGAUAGCAGCCUCUUGGGCAAGGACAGCCCACCCACACCUACCAUGUACAAGUAUCGGCCAGGCUACAGUAGCAGCAGCACAUCAGCCGCCAUGCCUCAUUCUUCCAGCGCCAAGUUGAGUCGUGGUGACAGCUUGAAGGAACCAACCUCAAUUGCAGAGAGCAGCCGCCAUCCCAGCUACCGCUCAGAGCCCAGCUUGGAACCAGAGAGCUUUCGUUCUCCCACCUUUGGCAAAAGCUUUCACUUUGAUCCACUGUCCAGUGGCUCACGCUCCUCCAGUCUCAAGUCAGCCCAGGGCACAGGCUUUGAGCUGGGCCAACUGCAGUCCAUUCGUUCAGAGGGUACAACCUCCACCUCCUACAAGAGCCUGGCCAACCAGACACGCAAUGGAAGUCUAUCUUAUGACAGCCUGCUCACUCCUUCAGACAGCCCUGAUUUCGAGUCAGUGCAGGCAGGGCCUGAGCCAGACCCGCCUUUAGGCUACACCUCUCCCUUCCUAUCAGCCCGGCUGGCCCAGCAACGGGAAGCUGACAGGCACCCACAUUUGGUGCCAACUGGCCCAACACACCGAGAGCCCUCACCGGUCCGGUACGACAAUCUGUCGCGCCAUAUUGUGGCCUCCCUCCAGGAACGAGAGAAGCUGCUACGCCAGUCACCCCCACUCCCAGGCCGUGAGGAAGAACCAGGCUUGGGGGACUCAGGCAUUCAGUCAACACCAGGCUCAGGCCAUGCCCCUCGUACUAGUUCCUCUUCAGAUGAUUCGAAGAGAUCCCCCUUGGGCAAGACUCCACUGGGACGCCCAGUUGCCCCCCGUUUUGGCAAGCCAGAUGGGCUAAGGGGCCGGGGACUAGGUUCCCCUGAAGCAGGCCCAACUGCCCCAUAUCUGGGCAGAUCUAUGUCUUACAGCAGCCAAAAAGCCCCAGCUGGUGUCUCUGAGACGGAGGAAGUGGCCUUGCAGCCGUUACUGACACCCAAAGAUGAAGUACAGCUCAAGACCGCCUACAGCAAAUCCAACGGGCAGCCCAAGAGUCUAGGCUCAGCCUCCCCUGGCCCAGGCCAGCCACCUCUGAGUAGCCCCACAAGGGGAGGAGUCAAGAAGGUGUCAGGGGUGGGUGGCACCACCUACGAGAUUUCGGUGUGAGCCCUUGGCACCUCCCCUCCCCUGCACCUCUGCGCCUACACCAAAGGGCCCCAGGUGGCCACCUUCCUUUCCUCAAGGGGCUCCCCUCCCCUGCAUGGACAUUUUUUAAACCACCGAUUCCAAGAGGAUGAGGAGCGUUUUAUAAAAUGCAACGGGGUUGGGGAGUUGGAGAGUUGGGGCCCUGAGACUGGGGUAGCAAUCUUUACCUUUACCGUAUAAGACCUUCCCUUCCUUGACCCCUGGACCAGACUCAGUGGACAUUUGUGCAAUUGCUCGCCCUGGAGGGAACCAGAUCAUUUUUAAACCAGAAAUAAUUUUUUUUAUUAUUGUUACGGAUUCUAUUUUUUUCCUCUUCUGCGUUACCAGGUGUGUGUGUACAUAUAUAUAUAUUAUAAAUAUCAAAGAAAUUAUAUAUCUAUCCUGGGAUGGGAAAAUGAGGGAGGGAUAUAUUUAAGGAGGGGAAUCUUACUCUUCCCAUUCCUCAGACCAGCAGGAAAAGAGGGGAUACAAAGUCUUCCUUUUCCCUAGAGUUCCCUCUCUCGUCCCAGUUACCAACUAAGGAAAUAGCACCCCCGGUUGCUGGUGCUAAGUGAUCAGGAAAGAAACUGGGGAGAGGCGAGUCUGGGGUCUUGGUCAGAGGAGCGCGAACCUGGAGAGGAGGGUUAGUUUUCUAGGCUCACUGGCACUUAGUUUCCCCAGGAAAGGGGUCACAGCCCCAGGACUUGGGUGGCAGUGGGGAGAUCAGGAAAAGAACUUAGCUGAGCUCCAGAGACAAUAUUAGAGAAUCCCCCCCUUCUUGGGGGAGAGGGAUUAGGACUAGGGUGGGCUUCUUCAACUAGCCCCUCAAAACCUUCCCCCAUCUCACACAGUUAACAUUAUUUUUAAAUCCAAGGCUGGCAGAGAAGAAUCCAAAAAGCAAUAUUUUUCAUCACAUGCCAAAAACGGGGGAUAGAGAGGAGUGGCAGGCCUAGGCCCCUCCGAGUGUCCCUUGGGGGAUCCCCUCAGCCCACCUCAAUAUGGUGCUGGGUAGAGGGGAUACCUGGGUUCUAACCUCUAAAUAGGGGAGACCCCAGCCUCUUAAUAGAGGCCCUUUUAUUUUUUAUUCUGAUUAGCCAUUUUAAACCAACAAGGAAUAAAAAGAUAUCCUGAUCUAACCAGC